AUGACAGUAAUCAAAGAGGGAUGGCCGGCCGAGGUCGCGCGGCCCGGCCGACCAACCGCCGCCAGCCGGCCGGCCAAUGAGAGGCGGCGGCGGGGCGGCGGCGGGCCAAUGAGCGGCGAGCGCCGGGCGGCCGUGCGCCUGCUGAGCGGCCUGGGCUGCCGCCUGGGCCCCGCCCGCCUGCGCUGGGCCUUCAAGGUGUUCGACUCGCGGGCCGGCGAGCGGAGCCGGCCGGCGGGCGCGCCGCACUUCCGGGAGCUGGGGCCGCGCGGCUGGGCCGCCCUGGACGCCGAGCUGCAGCGCGGGGAGCGGGACGGGGGGCCCGGGGCGGGCCGCACCCGCGACGCGCUGAGCGAGGCCCUGCUGGACUGGCCCGGGGACCCGCCGGACCCGGCGCCGCCGCCCUUCGCCAACGCCGUCUUCCUGCUGGCGCCCUGCCCGCGCUCCCGCGGGGAGCUGCUCCGCUUCGUGGCCGGACGGGACCCCCCCGCCCCGCGCCAGCUGCUCGACGGCCUCCUGCCCCGCAGGGUGCGGGACCUGAUGACCGGGCGGAAGGUCACCCUCUACUGGGUCGACACCGCCCAGCGGGCCGAGGGUUGGGAAUCACCAGAUCACGUAGGGUACUGGAUGCUGUAUGAGCUUCUUCGUCUUGUGGGAGGUACCAUCGUGCCCUCUGAACUUCUGAGUCAAUUUUGGAGACACGAUGGAGGAAAACCGCAGGAUUUUGGAAAAGAGAGUACAGCCGAGCCUCAGUUCUCUCCAUGGACAUCAAUCUUGCCCUCCGAGUCCACUUUGAACUGCUUGCUGAACAGCGCGUCUGAGUACCAGGCAUCUUUUCCUCGUCUUGAAGGAACCUUAUUCCUUCCUCAGGAAGGUCCGUCAGGGGUGAAUCUCCAGGGCCCAUGGGCAGUCACCCUGGAGCCUCUGAUCAUGCACCAGAGACCCUUACCGAGUCCCGUUUCCAUCUUCCUGAAAGGCACUGUGACCCACUGGACUUGGCCCACGGGCAGCAGCUUUGGCACCGAGAGUUGGGUGUUACAGAGUUCCGAGGGGGACAGUACGUCAGAGCGAGGGAUUUUAUUUCAGCAUCUUGUUAGAAGGCUAACUGCUGAAGAAGUGCAAUUGGUUGCCGACGUUUGUCCAGGUGAAGGCUGGCCUCCGAGCACUGGACUCAUCUCCUCUCUGUCUCCCAGUGCUGCCAUUCUCACCUUGCUGGGCCCGGAGGAGGCAGUAGAACUCCCGAGAAACCUCCUGCAGGGGGUUGUGGCUGAGAACUCCCCGGAUCCUUCCUGCCUUCUCCGGGACGUUGUGAACGGAGCCCUCAGUCAGGUUCAGAAUUCCCUCGAAGAAGAGCCCGCUCCUUCCGCUGCCGCUCUGGUCCCGGAAUGGGCUCAGCAAGAACACAGCCACACCAGUCCCUGGAGCCCUGUGGUAAUGGAGAGCUGGUUCCCUUUCUCUAAUCUCAGUGGUGCAAGUUCAAAUUUGAUGGAGUCUUUUUGUUUACUACAGGCCAUCUCAGAAGAGACCUCCAAGUGCGAAACAGAGCUAACUGACCGUCUCUCCGAGUUCUACCAGAAGACAGCCCGGGAUGAGUCUGCCACAGCUGGGCAAGAGGAACACAGAAAAAAACGUGGAGUCCCCCGCACUCCGGUGAGGCAAAAGAUGAAGACCAUGAGCCGCUCCCUGAAGAUGCUGAAUGUUGCAAGACUGAACGUAAAAGCUCAGAAGGCUCAGCCAGACGGAACCUCGGCCACUGUCACCCGGGGGAAGGGGACUCACAAGGCCACUCUCAGAAGAAAAGGGGAGAAACUGGAAGACAAAGGGAGAAUUUUGAGGAGUUCAAUAUCUAAAGAUUUUAAAAGCAAAGAAGAACUUCUGUCCCACUUGAAUGAAAGCUACCAGAAGGUUGUGGCCACUGGAGAUGGUGUAAUAAGCGAAUGGGCCCAGAACAUGGUCUCAGCCGUGAGAGUAUUCCUGAAAUCUAGAGGCAUCCAAGAAUUGGAGGUGGCCUGCAUAGAUCACGUGAAAAGUCAUCUUCUGAAGACCAGCAAAGGUCUUCGGCUGCAUCUGGGGGAAAAGCCGGAUAAGGAAGCCAAAGUCAGAGAGUGCCAGCUUCAGGUGUUUCUGCGCCUGGAGAUGUGUCUGCAGUGUCCCUCGUUACAGAAGAGUGCCGACGAAAUGGAGCAACUGGUGGAGGAGGUGACCAACCUGCUGCGUAUCAUCUGCCUGACUGAGGAUCCUUCGUACCUGGCCCGGUUCUUGGAAGACAUUUUAGCAUUGUAUAUCAAUUCCAUUCCGAAGACCCUCGGGGACUUAUACCACAGCUUUGGGUUUGCGGUGCCCCAGAAGCUGGCUGCCGUCCUGCCUGCGGACUUCUUCAGCGACGACUCCAUGAGCCAAGAGGGCAGAUCGCCCCCACUCUCUGUGCCUCUACCGUCCCGGGCCGCCAGUGCCACGUCUCUUACCACGGAGGCUGACCAACUGGAGGAGCUGCGGACCCGAUCAGCCAAGAAGAGAAGGAAAAAUCUAUUAACAAGACACAGAAGUGUAACAGAAGCUUCUCAGGGCCUGCGGCAAAUAGAAAUUCCCAAAGUGUCCAAGAGGACGACCAGAAAUGAAAACUGUCACCCUGGUCUACAGCAGCAGCUACCCCUCUCUCAGAAGGAAGGCGUGCAAGAAGUGACCAAGGUGCGAAGAAAUCUCUUCAACCAGGAUCUGCUUUCUCCCUCAAAGAGAUCUUUGAAGAAGCUACCUCGAAGCCAAUCGGUGUCUGCUGUAGAAGGCCUGAAAACUAAGCACCCUAGCUCCAAGGAAGCCAGAGAGCGUCACAAGUUGCUGACGAAACGAGUGGCAGAGACGCCACUGCACAAGCAAAUCUCUAAAAGGCUGCUUCACCGACAGAUUAAGGGCAGGUCCUCCGAUCCUGGCCCCGAGGUUGACGUUGUGGAAGAGUCUCCAGAGAAAGUGGACAGUGGAGCGGGUCUGAGACGAAGCCCCCGCAUCAAGCAGCUGGCCCCAUCUGGCGGGACGCAGUUGGGCUCCUUCUACUCCGUCUCCCAACCCCAGUCACGUCACAUACUAGGGGCACACCCGGCCCAGCGGGAGCCCAGAGGUGGCAGAGGCUCUCAGGGCCCCCAGGUCAUCCAGUCUCCCAAGAGGCUGUUCUUUGGGGCCGUCUUUGAGCUGGGCAACCCCAGAAUGCAGGAUUCAACGCAGGUGAAAAGGUCUCUAAGAAACUCUUUGGGUUCUGAGAACCCCACUGCCCAUCAGACACCUAGGAAAAAAUGCUGGAAAUCCCCAAGUCCUGCCAACAGUAUGCCAAGGAGGUCACCCCGCACGCCGAGGAGGUCACCCCACACGCCGAGGAGGUCGCCCCGCACGCCGAGGAGGUCGCCCCGCACGCCGAGGAGGUCGCCCCGCACCCCGAGGAGAUCGCCCCGCACGCCUAAGAGAUCGUCCCGCAUGCCGAGGAGAUCGCCCCGCAUGCCAAGACGGUCUCCACCCUCCUCCCAGGCCCCACUCCGAACUCCAGGAAAGCUAGGGCAAACCUCUGCAGAAGACACACCUGCCAAGCAGAAAGCAGCCAAGAGGUGCAGGAGAGGAUCCUCUCCACCUGCCUGGGAUGCUCUGCCCCCCAGGCCAGAAGUCACUCCUCAGAAAGACAGCUCACCCGCAGAAGAUCUUCCCUUCCCCCCGGGGGAGUUGGAGUCAAGAACUCCAGGAAAGCAAGGAGGUCUGGCUCUUAAACUCCCGGGGAAUUCCAGUCGAGUCACAGCUUUGACCCCAGGAGUCCCGGCACCUAGCGGCCAGGAAAGAACCACUUCUCUGAGGCAGACGCCCUCCCGGCAGACCCAACAACUCUCCCGGCAAACCACCGAGGAAGCAACGGCGACCUCGGUGGCUCUUGGGGCAGAGAGCCCCCGGGAAGGCCCGGGGGCGACUCAGAUGCAGAAAAACCUUGUAGAGUCAGUGCCUCAACCCCUGAAAGUAACUCCCCAGACAUCUCAGGAGACAAUUCCACAAACACCCAAGGGAGCAGGGAAUGGGCCUCCUGCCUCCACCCCACCGACUUUUUCCUGGACGCCGUCUCCCUUCAGCUCCUCGCCCCACGAGGCUUCCUUGAAGACUCCAGUUGGGGCAUCUUUCUUGGACUCUUCACCUCUGGUUGGGACAGAUGAGCAGCGUGCGAAGGAGCCCCAGAAAUCACCGGAAGUGGCAGUGGCCGUUCCUGUCACCAUCUGGUCUCUGAUCACAACUCCCAGGAAGGAGCCGGCCGCCACCAAGCCUAGCAGCAACCCUCCUCCGCCUCCUUCCAAAGCCAGGAAACCAGAGCGGGGGGCAACACCCUGCCCACUCCCUGAAAGAAGCAUCCAGCAGUUCCCUCCCCCGGCCUCUGCCGACCUCCCCUCGGACAGCCUGACUGGAAAGGAGGACCUUGCUCUCCCAGACUCAUCCCUGAAGCAGCAGCAGGAGAGAGCAACUCCAUCUUCGCCGGGUUCCCUCACGGAGGCCGUGUCCCCGGUGACCGAUGCGGGACCAGAAUGUCUCCUCACCACCCACCCUACCCCGGAGCCCCAGGACAGCGAGAGCUCAGAAGCGAGCAUUUUUCUCGCAGAACAAAAAGAAGGGUCAACGACAGCAUUGUUGACUGGUCCUGAGAGCGCCUCUUCAGCCCCUGAUCCGUCUUCUGGGCCCACAUCCCCUCCCAAAUCGUCAUACGUCCUGCGCCGGACCGCGGAUCGGAGGCAGCGGCAGGCCGCGGCCAGGCUAGGGAACCCGGAAGCCUUCCCUCCACUUUCCGGGGGCCCCCUCAAUGCGGCUUCCACCUACCCCCCUACCUAUGAAGUUGAGCUGGAGAUGCAAGCUUCCGGCCUGCCUAAGCUCCGCAUUAAAAGGGUCGACUCCAGUCCCCCGGCGGGAGCGGAAGGCGACACGAAGACCAGCAGGCCCCUGGGGGAGCAGAGCUCCUUCCCUGAGCUUCCUGGGCCCCGGUGCGGCAAGCACCCUGGCAAGCUGGAAGCUUCCUACGUGUCCCCCCCCUGCCUCCGCUCUUCUCACAGCACCCCGGGCAAGAGCGGGGGACAGACCUACAUCUGCCAGAGUUGCACCCCAACUCGCUGCCCCUCCAGCACUACCUCUCCCUCCCAGUCAGACGGUGGGAUUCCCUGGACCCCUUCCCCCAAGCCCAAGGGGAAGAUGACCCCUGACACGAUCAAGGACUGGCCCAGGAGAAAGAAGGCUGGGGGCACCCCAGCCAGCGGGAAAAACGAACGUGGGGGGGACCUCUUGGGGAGCGCGGCUGUCCUCGAGGAAGAGGGCGAGGCGCGCGUCUCUGAGCUCUGUGGGGGUAGCGGCAGCUGCCGGGCUCCUCUCCUGGGGGACUUUGAACUGGAAGGGAUAGGGCAGCUCCUGGACCUGUCCCCUCCCAGCGACUGCGAGCCGUGUUUGGAGGGAAGCUUUCCUGGGGCCGGGUUUGGACUGGGCACCGGGAAGCGGCCCCUUGGCCUCGAGGGGGAGCCCGGCCCGCGAGCUAAAAGGACUUGCGGGACCCGAAUGGAAGAGCCCGACCCGGCCCCUGGCCUCGAUGGGGAGCAAAGUCGAUCUCCCGGCAGGUGUUCCCUCCGAAGCACGAGGCAGCCGGGCUCCCUGGGCGACGACGAGGUCUUUGUUUCAGGCUCUACACCUCCAAGCUGUCCUGCGAAAAGCUGCCUCUCCGCUAGCGGCCUCCGGGCCCUCACACAAUCGCCGCUGCUUUACCAAGGACUGACUCCUUCCUCUCGGCGGACCAGCGUCAGAGAUGAGGAAAGCGAGCCACUGCCCAGUUCUGCAGAACUCGAGGAAUCUCCUUUCAGCAGAGUGAUCAGCCGGAGACGCUCCAUCAGCAGAACCUACUCCCGCAAGAGGCUGCUCAGCUAGGCCGGCCUCAGUCAUGUCCUGCUCCCCCAGUGGGGGCGAGUGGCUCCCCUGCGGUCGGGAGGCCCCCACAGAGGCAAGCCUGAGAACUUGCAGCACGUCUGCCCAAAAGACUGAAAGCCAAAGGACUCUGCCAGGAGAGAAGAGUGGAGUGCACUUUCCCCUAAGAAAUUGGAAGUUGCAGUUCUGCUGCUCGGAUACCAAGGGCCUCAGGCUUUUUACUUGAGGACCGGCCAGCCGAGCUGGUGCUACUUCUGCUCUGCCCCUGCCAGUCCGUCCUGAAGGACGGCUGCUGCUGUGGUUCAAGCAUAGACAAUACCUACAUUGGUAGGUUGAUUUUUUUUUUUCUAUGGUUCCUGUGAAUAAAGUGGCCAUCACUUGAAGCGUGGUGCCUACGGCUUAGAGUAA